AUGUUGGUUUGCAAACGUAUUAGUCUUAUGGCCACACAAAAGCAAGACCUUUGUAGGAAAAAACAAAAAACCCCACUUAUUAGUAAUGUUGAAUUAGCAAAACAAUAUGGUAUUGGGAAAUCAACUGUAACCGAUAUUUUAAAUAAAAAGGAUCAUUGGCUUACUAUUUUGGAUGAAGAACAGGAGAAUAAGAAAUUUCGAGGUCCAAAAUGGCCAAAGUUAGAAAAUGCACUUAGUCUUUGGAUUAAUAAUGCAUUGAUUAUGAAUCAAGAUAUUGACAGUGCAAUUCUCAAAUUAAAGGCAAAUUCUUUUGCUGAAAAAUUAAAUAUUAACAAUUUUAACCAAUCGGAAGGUUGGUUAAGUAGGUUUAAAAAACGAAAUGGGCUUCGCCAAUUUAAAAAACAAGAUGAAAAAGCAAGCACACCUUCUGCUGAGUCAAUUGCUAAUGAUCAUAUUACUUUACAUACUAAUGAAUACGUUCAUAUUGAAGAUAAUGAAAUUGAAGGUGGAAUUACAAAUGAGGAAAUUUUGAAGGCAGUAACUGAUGAGAAUGAAGAAGAAAAUGAAUCUGUUAAUAGUGAAGUUAUUGAAUUAGAAAAAGUUAGCAGCAACAAAGCAAAAAAAGCUGUGAACACGAUUUUAAGGUUUUUGCUUGAGCAGGAAGCAGAAGUUGGUAAAGUCAAUGAUGAAGUAAGGAUUUUAAGAAGUUUGCAUAAAAGAGUUAGACUAAGUUUUAUUAAGAAUCUUAAGCAGGUAGAACUUGGCCGCUACUUUAUGAACUAA